AUGGAUGAGCAUUUGAUUGCAACUAUCAAUAAACUACAAGAUGCGCUAGCGCCAUUAGGUGGAGGGUCUCAAUCCCCCGUUGACUUGCCGCAGAUUACUGUUGUCGGAUCACAGUCCUCAGGAAAAUCUUCAGUAUUGGAAAAUAUUGUUGGUCGAGACUUCCUUCCAAGGGGAUCUGGUAUUGUAACAAGAAGACCUUUGAUAUUGCAAUUGGUUAACAGACGAACUAAAAAGGAUACUGAGAACGCUCACCGUGAACUUUUGGACCUCAAUGUUGGUUCAGAUCAAAACGUAGGCCAGGUCGAAGAUAACACUGAAGAGUGGGGCGAAUUUUUACAUCUUCCAGGUAAGAAGUUCUAUAACUUUGAUCAAAUUAGGCAAGAAAUUGUCAACGAAACAGAAAAGAUAACCGGAAAAAACGCUGGAAUUUCUCCAAUUCCUAUUAACUUGAGAAUAUAUUCCCCUCAUGUAUUGACUUUGACUUUGGUUGAUUUACCAGGACUAACUAAGGUCCCUGUGGGUGACCAACCCGCUGAUAUUGAAUCUCAAAUUAAGAACAUGAUAAUGCAGUACAUCUCUAAGCCAAAUGCUAUAAUCCUUGCAGUGAACGCUGCUAAUGCCGACCUAGCGAACAGUGAUGGCUUGAAACUUGCGAGAGAGGUUGACCCGGAGGGAACAAAAACAAUUGGUGUUCUUACAAAAAUUGACUUAAUGGAUAAAGGCACUGACGUUGUUGAUAUUUUGUCUGGUAGGAUUAUUCCACUAAGAUAUGGAUAUGUUCCAGUAAUUAAUAGAGGUCAAAGAGAUAUAGAGAGCAAGAAAACUAUUAGGGAAGCUUUGAAUGAUGAAAAAAAAUAUUUUGCUAACCAUCCUUCAUAUAGUUCCAACGCAAAUUACUGCGGUACCCCAUACUUAGCAAAGAAACUCAAUUCCAUUUUGUUACAUCAUAUUAGACAAACUUUGCCAGAGAUAAAAAACAAGAUUGAGCUUUCUUUGAAGAAGUACCAAGCUGAACUACUAAAUCUUGGUCCAGAGACAUUAGAUUCACCAAACUCUAUUGUGCUAUCAAUGAUUACAGAUUUCUCAAAGGAAUAUACGGGCAUAUUAGAUGGUGAAGCAAAGGAACUCUCAAGUCAAGAGUUGUCUGGUGGUGCAAGAAUAUCCUUUGUAUUCCAUGAAAUAUUUAAAGGCGGUAUCUAUGCAUUGGACCCAUUUGACCAGAUAAAGGAUUCUGAUAUCAGAACAAUUAUGUAUAACAGUUCAGGUGCAGCGCCAUCUCUCUUUGUUGGUACCGAAGCAUUCGAAGUCUUAGUGAAGCAACAGAUACAGCGAUUUGAAGACCCCUCAUUGAGGCUUGUAGGAUUGGUUUUUGAUGAACUAGUCCGUAUCUUAAGGGAAAUUAUUUCGCAACCUAAGUAUGCCAGAUAUCCUGGUUUAAGGGAUGCGAUUUCCAACUAUUUUAUUCAGUAUUUGAAAGAACGUGUCAUUCCAUCUAAUGAAUUCGUUAUUGAUGUAAUUAAGGCAGAGCAAACUUACAUUAAUACAGCGCAUCCAGAUUUACUUAAAGGUUCGCAAGCUAUGUCUAUGGUUGAGGAGAAACUACACCCAAAGCAAACUGAUCCUAAGACUGGAAAAACGAUAAUACAGGUGGCGCCUUCUACGUCUGAUAAAGCGUCUAGUGGAAUCUUUGGUGGAUUCUUCACAUCUAAGAACAAGAAAAAAUUGACUGCUUUGGAAGCACCACCUUCAGUGUUGAAGGCGACUGGACAAAUGACAGAGAGGGAGACGUUGGAAACUGAAGUCAUUAAGUUGCUGAUUGACAGUUAUUUUGGUAUUGUCAAAAGAACAGUUGCGGACCUUGUUCCGAAAGCUGUUAUGUUAAAGCUAAUCGUUAAAAGUAAAAACGACAUCCAGAAAGUCUUACUAGAAAAACUAUAUGGUAAUCAGGACAUUGAAGAACUAACCAAAGAAAAUGACAUAACUAUUCAAAGGAGGAAAGAAUGUCAAAAUAUGGUGCAAAUUUUAAAGCAUGCAAGUGAGAUUGUCUCUUCGGUUUAA